AUGAGUGGGCAAAAGGUGUUUGCUCGUGUGAUCUGCGGUGUAUACAAAACCCCCACGCUCGGCAGCACUAUCAACCUCGACCUAACAGCAGUGAACAACGCCGGCCUCAAAUUCCUGGAACUAAUGCACAAGCCCCGGCUGUACUCUGGUCCAUAUGGCAGCGUCUUGGCCCUGGCCGUGGGUGAAGGCUGGGUGGAAGGCACCAGACUUUUACUAGAGGAGGGGGGUGCGGAUGUCGAUCUGGUCCUGGCGAACGGAGAGUUCAGCAGCGCUUUAGUCGCGGCCACACGGCGCUCGAGACUCAAUGAAGAGGCCCGGGAAGUCAUGAAGUAUUUUGUUGAGGUCCAAAAAGCCAGUGUCAAUCUCUCUCUCCACGAUGGUCGAUACGGUAGUGCCCGAGCUGCUGCCGUUGAUGCAGGUGACCUGACGGCCGUUCAGUAUCUGGUCGAGGUCGGAAUGGCCGACAUCAAUAUGCCGCUGCCAGACUCCCCCAAAGGCAGUGCAUUAGCCAGAGCGGCGAACCUGGUCAGCGAACCUGCCAGGAUAGCGAAAUCGACCGGUGAUCUCCUUCAUGCUACAGAGCAGCCUCAGCGGAUCCGUGUUUUGCAUUUUCUGCUCGCAGCCGGGGCCCGGGUUAUUCUUGACCUUGGCAAUAAGAGGACCGCGGAUGCCUGGGAGGCUUUUUGCGAAAAAUUCAGUUUUAGAAGCUCAAUAUCCACCGGCUACGAACUUCACGCUGGGAUUUGUGAGAGCAUUUCCGAACAUAUGAUGGAACAAGCUAGCGAGCUCGACUAUGACAUCCUGCUCCACGAAACGUCUUGA